ACACACACACACACACACACACACACACACACACACACACACACACACACACACACAGGGGAGAUAACAGAGAGACAAAGCCAGCUAACGCCACAGCUUCCUCGGCUGCCGCUGAUGUUUUAGCCCCGAUGGAGGGGAACCAUGAAGGGGAGCAUGUGCUGACGGGUCUUGACGAGGAGGCCAUCGUUGACCUUGGGAAGACCAGCUCCACCACCCACACCAACUAUGAGACGGAAGAGCUGGAGAGCCACAGGGCGGUCUACGUCGGGGUCCAUGUGCCCCUGGGCCGGGAGAGCAAACGCAGGCACCAUCGCAGAGGCCACAAACACCACCGCAAGAGGCGGGAGCGGGAGGAGGACCAUGAAGAGGAGGACCGUGAGGACCCCACUUAUGACACGCCCUCCCAGCGGGUGCAGUUCAUCCUGGGUACGGAAGAUGACGACGUGGAGCACGUCCCCCACGACCUGUUCACCGAGCUGGACGAGCUGUCCUUCAGGGACGGGAGCGCCACCGAGUGGAAGGAGACAGCCAGGUGGCUGAAGUUUGAGGAGGACGUGGAAGAUGGAGGGGAGCGUUGGAGCAAGCCCUACGUGGCCACCCUGUCUCUACACAGCCUGUUUGAGCUGAGGAGCUGCAUCCUCAACGGAACCGUCAUGCUAGACAUGAGGGCCACCUGUAUCGAGGAGAUCGCAGACAUGCUGAUUGACAGCAUGGUGGCGUCAGGCCAGCUGCAGGAGGAGCUGUGUCAGAAGGUGCGUGAGGCCAUGUUGAAAAGACACCACCACCAGAACGAGAGGAAACUCAGCAACCGCAUCCCGCUGGUCCGCUCAAUCGCAGACAUAGGCAAGAAACAUUCAGACCCGUUGUUGCUUGAGAGACACGGGCCACUGAUGUCCACGCACUCUGUCCCCAGUAACCUGGAUAGCAGCAGCAAGACCGGAGAGAGGAGGCCCUCCAGAGCUGGGGUCAGUAAAGAGAACAGCAGUGUGGACUUCAGCAAGGUGGACAUGAACUUCAUGAAGAAGAUUCCUCCGGGCGCCGAGGCGUCCAACGUGCUGGUAGGGGAGGUGGACUUCUUGGAGAGGCCCAUCAUCGCCUUCGUACGCCUGUCCCCUGCCGUCCUCAUCACAGGGCUCACGGAGGUGCCCGUGCCCACCAGGUUUUUGUUUCUGCUGCUGGGUCCACACGGUAAAGGCCCUCAGUACCAUGAGAUUGGCAGAUCCAUGGCCACACUGAUGACAGAUGAGAUAUUCCAUGAUGUGGCGUACAAGGCCAAAGAUCGGAUGGACCUGCUGUCUGGGAUAGAUGAAUUUCUGGACCAGGUGACAGUCCUGCCCCCAGGAGAAUGGGACCCCUCGAUACGAAUCGAACCCCCCAAGAACGUCCCAUCGCAGUUGAAGAGGAAGAUUCCCUCCCAGCCCAACGGGUCGCCCUCACCCUCUGGGGAGAUGUUGAAGGAGGAGGAUGAAGGCCACGGAGCUGGGCCCGAGCUGCAGAGAACCGGACGGAUCUUUGGAGGCCUCGUGAUGGAUAUAAAGCGGAAGGCCCCGUUCUACUGGAGCGACAUUCGGGACUCGUUUAACCUGCAGUGUCUGGCUUCCAUCCUGUUCCUCUACUGCGCCUGCAUGUCCCCGGUCAUCACCUUCGGAGGACUGCUGGGCGAGGCCACCAAGGGAAACAUAAGUGCCAUAGAGUCUCUGUUUGGGGCAUCCCUCACAGGAGUGGCCUUCUCUCUGUUUGCGGGGCAGCCCCUCACUAUACUGGGCAGUACGGGGCCUGUCCUAGUUUUCGAGAAGAUCCUCUUCAAGUUUUGCAAGGACUACGGCCUGUCCUACCUGUCUCUGAGGACCAGCAUCGGCCUGUGGACGGCCUUCCUCUGCCUGGUCCUGGUGGCCACAGACGCUAGCUCCCUGGUCUGUUACAUCACCCGCUUCACAGAGGAGGCCUUCGCCGCGCUCAUCUGCAUCAUCUUCAUCUACGAGGCCCUGGAGAAGCUCUUCCACCUGGGGGAACACUACCCCGUCAACAUGCACAACGAGCUGGACAACCUCACCCUCUACUCGUGUCAGUGUUCUCCACCAGCCAACACCUCCACUGAGAUCUUGCAGACGUGGAAUCGGACAGGACACACACCAGACACUAUCUCCUGGAACAGCCUCAACGUGUCGAUGUGUAACCUGCUCCAUGGAGAGUUUUCUGGUCCUGCCUGUGGUCACCACGGCCCCUACAUCCCAGAUGUCCUCUUCUGGUCCAUCAUCCUCUUCUUCACCACCUUCUUCCUCUCCUCCUUCCUCAAGGAGAUCAAGACCGAGCGAUACUUCCCUACAAAGGUACGCUCCACCAUCAGUGACUUUGCUGUGUUUCUGACCAUUAUGAUCAUGGUGCUGGUGGACUAUCUGAUGGGCAUCCCCUCUCCUAAACUCAACGUACCCGACCGCUUUGAGCCUACCUCCAAGCAUCGCGGCUGGCUGAUCUCCCCGCUGGGCCCCAACCCCUGGUGGACCCUGCUGGUGGCGGCGCUGCCCGCUCUGCUCUGCACCAUCCUCAUCUUCAUGGACCAGCAGAUCACCGCCGUCAUCAUCAACCGCAAGGAGCACAAGCUCAAGAAAGGCUGUGGCUACCAUCUGGACCUGCUGGUGGUGGCGGUAAUGCUGGGGGUUUGCUCCAUCAUGGGCCUGCCCUGGUUCGUAGCCGCCACCGUGCUCUCCAUCUCCCACGUCAACAGCCUCAAGGUGGAGUCGGGCUGCUCUGCGCCAGGAGAACAGCCCAAGUUCCUGGGCAUCAGAGAGCAGAGGGUCACCGGCUUCAUGAUCUUUGUCCUCAUGGGCUGCUCUGUCUUCAUGACCUCCGCACUCAAGUUCAUUCCUAUGCCAGUGCUGUACGGGGUCUUCCUCUACAUGGGAGCCUCUUCACUCAAAGGCAUUCAGUUCUUUGACCGUAUCAAGUUGUUUGGUAUGCCAGCCAAGCACCAGCCCGACCUGAUCUACCUGCGUUACGUUCCCCUGUGGAAGGUCCAUGUGUUCACCCUGGUGCAGCUCACCUGCCUGAUACUGCUGUGGGUCAUCAAGGCCUCCGCAGCCGCUGUCGUUUUCCCCAUGAUGGUGCUGGCCCUCGUCUUCAUUCGGAAGCUUCUCGACUUUUUCUUUACCAAGAGGGAGCUCAGCUAUCUGGACGACUUGAUGCCCGAGAGCAAGAAGAAGAAAGAGGAUGACAAGAAGAAGAAGGAGAGGGAGAAACGGGAGGCCCAGGCUUUAUUGCUCGUAGAACAGGUGGGCGUGAAUUCUGUGAAGGUCCAUUAUGAUGGUGGGAACCUGCUCAAGAUCCCAGUCAAAACGUUCUCAGGGAGCUCAUGUGACCUCAGCAAUGUUAAUAUCUCUGAGGAAAUGGCCAAAAGCGGGGCAUGCAAAGCAGUGGCGUUGAGCGCCGACUUCGGCCCGUCUAUGAAGCGUAGCCAAAGCCAGGAGAAGGUAGCCUGUGUUAGAGUCAACAUGGACACUACCGAGGCAGGAGGAGAGAGUUCAGCCUUAGAGACUGCCUUGUGAUGGAGGAGACCUUGUCCUACCCCCCACCUAACACCACAGAGGGCCACCCUGGUACAGUGAGCAAGCUAGGACUUGAGCAGAGCAAUCAGACUGGUCUCUGGAAAAUAAGCCCCUUUUGUGGGUCUGCUGGGUCAACAGUUGAGCUCCAGUGACCUCCAGUGGUCCAGUGUAGCUAUGGGGGUCUUGAGGCCCCCCCAGUGCACAGAGGACUGACUGCCCUGUAGUGGCGAGCACAUUGCCGGGACAUGAAUGAACCAGACUCACACUGCCUACCGAAACCCCAUGUCAACCAAUCAUUUCCCACCCACUGCCACAGAUGCCAAAGGAUGGGGCCACCACCAUCACACAUAUGCGGAAUCUUCUUUAAUUGUUGUGUAUGCGUAAAUUUACUUAAUUGUAUUAUAUAAGGUAUAUUUUCUCAUGUACAUUUUAAGUUAUAUUUUAUUACCAAUUAAGAGAAACACAUUUGCAUCCUGUUUUUUUUGGCACACGUCAUGUGUGAGCUAUUCUGGUCUGUCGAAAAAAAAAAAAUAUAUAUAUAUAUAUAUCCUUUCCACAAUGUACUAAACACAAACCAGCUACACCAGCUCCAAAAACAGAUGUCAGUCAAGCCAUGAUGAUUCAAGUUGUUAUUGCUGUGAUUUCAUCAGUGCAAACUGGUUACAUCAUGACUAGACACUGGUCAUCUAAAUCUAAACUGUUGCAAACCAAAAGAAGAAUGUAGACAUUCAGACGCCUAUAGCCCAUAAUCUUUCUUGCUUGUGAAACAUUGACAAAGGUUGGAGUGGCAACAUCUUUUCACUGCCCCUGUACUGUAUCUGUACUGUAUCUGUACUGUAUACUCUGCAAGUUACAUUCUCAGUAUUGGUAUUGCUGCUCAGAUCAAGUUGUUCAACUGAGAAUAUUUUUUUUGUAAGUAUAUGUCAUUGUUAUGCUGUUUUAGUGGAAUUGUGUGCUUUCUGUUGUAUGUUUUAAUGGAACAUUUUCUGAAAUACUAAUUUAAGGUUAAGAAAGUGAUGGGAUGAAUACUACAAUAAGCACUUUAGAUUUGUUUGCCUGUAGGAAUUAGUGCACAGGCCUGAAUUGAGUUAAAAACCAUUGAAUCUGAAGAUCCACAGAACUGUUGCUCAAAUGUCUAGAAAAAGUUACAACUUUGGAAUCAACAUGAUUUCUGAUUGUGGGAAGUUCUUUACACUCAUCACUUGUCUGUCACUAUUCGUACAGUAUUUCAAUAUUAUAACCUAUUUGUGUAUUGUUGGAUUUAUUAUUCUUGGGACAAUUAUUUUUUGAUAAAUAGGAAAGUGAACAAAAAAGUCAUGUGCCGUCAGAUUUCUUCUAAAAGCAAUGAACAACAUUAUUCGGUGCAGUCAAAUUGUAUUCUCACAAUAUUGUACAAUUUAUGCUGUACAAGUUUUGAUACUUGUGAGUCACAAUGUACACCGUAUCAGUAAGUUCAAUAUUGCAGAUGUCAUUUCAAAAAAUGAUCUGUAAAAUGCAAUUAUAUAUUUCUCAUUUGCUUAGCACACAUGCUCCUGUUUUAGCAAUAAUAGACGAGUUUUCAGUACAAUACAAUGUCUGGAGUGAUGUUUCUAUUGAGCUGUCUAGGGGGAGUUUGUCGAACCCCAUCCACGUUGUGUGUCUCCUCUAUUGACUAUUAGUGUGUAGCUGAUUAUACAGACAAUAGCUUACGUGCCUUGUGAAUGCUCUUUGUUUGUCUUUUAUUCAUACUGUAGGCAUAGUGUUAAUGUUCAGGUAGUACACACACACACACACACACACGGCCCAAAAUGCGUAAGAGAGACGAGCAAGCUAGGACGGCAUAUCGACAGGCUGUUCAUAUCUGUUGAAACUGAAGUGAAAUAUGAAUGCGGUAGUGCUCUGAAUGUCCUCAACCCAACCCGACAACUAACCUGAUGUAUUACAUGACAAAUAUGUACUCAUUAGUACUUCAUCAUACUCAUUUUUGUCAAUAAUGUACUGUAUGUGUUUGUAUGUCACAGAUGUAGUGUUUGUUCACGAAUGGUAUGCACUGUCAUUUUUUUACAUGCAAUAUCAGUGAAUGUGCACAGAAUUAUUGUAACUUCAAUAUCACUAAUGAAAAUUACAGAAAUCGAAUGCAUUUCGCCAAACACAUUUCUUUUAACAAAAAUGUAAAUGUGCAUUGUUGCAAUUUUUGUUUGAACACAAUUCUGGUAAAAUGUUGGCUAUUUUAAGUCAUUACAAAUGUUGUUUUGGUAUUUGUAAUACUAUAUGUAUGCAGUAGGUACAAUUCAUUGUAGAACACAAAUGGUAUUGCAGUGCAAUGGAUUCCAUCUGUAUUAUAUGAUCUUUACCAUAAAUAAUAUAUGGCUCUGAUCUGUACCAUAGAAACAGGGUAUUGUUUAGGACCAUGUAUUACACUGACCUCACAACUGCUGUCAGUCAAGCACAGAACAUUCUCCUGUAAUAUGUUGUUGAAUGCGAUAAGAACAUGUAGGGUGGAAACUAUUUUUUGUAAGUGUUGAUGGAAAGCAAUUAAAAGUAAAUGAAAUGUC